AUGUCGAAAAUCAGUUUUCUCAGUUUCAAAUAUGGGAGUUCUAAUUCAAUGAACUCCUCUGUAAUUCCCACUCCAGUAAGCGUACCUAGAGAAAGGCAAAAGUCUAACUUGUCGGCCACUCAGGUGAUGGAUGCAGAUGGAGACGGAUUCAUUGACUUCAAAGAGUUCAUGAAAGUGAAUAACGACACGGGGCGAGGAGGAGGGGUGAAGACAAGCGACAAUCCCAACGCGUUCUGCGUGUUUGAUUUGGAUGGGCAUGGGAAAAUAAGCACGGAGGAGUUGUGGGAGGCUAUGAAGAAGAUUGGAGAGAAGUGCAACUUGGAGUCGUGCUGGAAGAUGGUGAAAGGGGUGGAUAAGGACGGGGAUAUGAUGGACUAG